UCAGUGGCUUUCCAGCGUGAUGAAAGUCGGAGCGUUGCCUCAGCUGUCUCUACUCCGAUCAAAAUAGAACCCUCAAAUAAUCCCCUCUUCUUUCACUCUGUGCUUCAAAUCGACAAAUUGUAGGGAUUUUUAUGGACUCUACUGGCCGAUGGCUGGAUGCACGCGUGUAUGCGCAACAAGAGUGCGCCUUAAUAUUCCUUUGCACCACUGGGGAAUACUGAAUGAAUGUUCAGGGAUUUUAUAAUCGGCUCUGGUUGACCGUUUGGACGCUCGGAGGUGAGUCGGCUCGGGGUAGGAUUUGACGCAGAGCUACUUUACGUGGACAUCAUGUCAACACGGAUUCACAGCAGCUGAAGCAGCUGCAUAACUUGAUGUGGCAAUGAUGCUCGUGAUACAACAGCGUCGGGCGGACACCGGUGCUUUAGGGAUGCCAUCCCCGUAAAUCCCGUUGCAUGAGGAUCUUUACGCCGCGGUGAAGGAUGGCUCCAGUCCUCUCGGCCGCCUUCAUCCUUCUGCUGGCCCUCCUCGGCCCCGCCGCUACGGCCACUAACCCCGAGGAGGAUUACGCCGGAGACGAGGCGGAGCGGACGGCCGGUGAGAGCCUCGUGUUCGACGACUACCGGGGGAAAGGAUGCGUGGACGACAGCGGUUUCGUCUACAAGCUCGGGGAGCGCUUCUACCCGGGCCACUCCAGCUGCCCGUGCGUGUGCACGGAGGACGGGCCCGUGUGCGACCAGCCCGAGUGCCCCAAACUUCACCCCAAGUGCACCAAAGUGGAGCACAACGGGUGCUGCCCCGAGUGCAAGGAGGUGAAAAACUUUUGCGAGUACCGAGGGGAAACCUACAAAAUUCUGGAAGAGUUUAAGCCGUCACCUUGUGAAUGGUGCCGCUGCGAACCAAAUAAUGAGGUGCACUGUGUGGUGUCCGACUGUGCUGUCCCAGAGUGCGUCAACCCUGUGUAUGAGCCGGAGCAAUGCUGCCCCAUCUGUAAAAAUGGUCCAAAUUGCUUCGCUGGAUCGACGAUCAUCCCAGCUGGAAUUGAAGUAAAAGUGGACGACUGCACCAUCUGCCGCUGCCACAUCGGAGAUUGGUGGAAACCGGCGCAGUGCUUGCGGCGUGAGUGCCUCAACGGCCAGUCAUCAUAGAGAGACUCCAGUGGGGAUGCGAGAUAAGAUCAGGCACCGCCCUGCCUACCUACUGCACCAUUUUAUAUGAUUGACAGGGCAGGAGCACAAUUCUGAAACAACCUGAUGAGAAAUACAGGACAGUAUGACAUUGUCUCGUGAUUGCAGAGUUGAUAAUGGAGGUGAUGACGAUGAUGAUGGAGAUGGAGGUGGAACCGGUCUCCUGUCUUUCCCCCCCACAACUUUUCUGUCAUAUUUGCAGAAUUUGACUUGCUUGACUUGCCGCUGUCAACGCUUCAGAUUUGAGCUCGUUCUUCACCGUGGGCAAUGUGAAUUAAUCAUAGUGAUCGUUUUUGUUGUUCCUGUCAGAGAACGUAGCAGCUGGAAAAGGAACCGCAAGCACACUGCUCUGUGCUAGUUUUUUGUUCUUUUUUGUGGGGGGGGGGUGUCUCGUGAGGAUUAACACACGAAAGCACUUAGUGUCACAAAUUCACUUUAAAAGCUUGUUUACAGGAUGCACAUCACAUUUAAAUGUGUCUUUUACAUUUAUUGUAUGAAUUCACCUCCAACACUGAUGCUAUUGUUCAUUAAAUAAGUAGAUUGUAUUGAUUGAUCCCGAGUUGCAACGUGAACAUAAAUAUGUUGAGAUAAGAAGUGUAGAGGUUACACUUAAUAUCCGUUUUACAAACAAUGAAGUAUUCCAAAAUUUUGACACAUCAACACCAUCAUCAGUAUGAGAAAUUUGAUUGUGUUUGUGUCUUUUUCCUGGAAAAAAAAAACAACAAAAACUACAUUGAGUGAAAUCCACUCAUCUCUUGGGUUUGUGCAAUCACCAAAUACCUAUUUUGAGGAAUAAUAUUCUUAAAAAUGUUCUAUAUAAAUAACACCUCAAGAAUAUAUGUCAGAUCCCAGGAGAGACUGCGUCUACUGGUCUCAGGUUCGUUAAGGAAUUUUGACAUUCACUCAACAAAAUUACAACUUUAUUCUCCAUAAGCGAGGACUUUGUUUUCUGACUGAACAUGACUUUUCUCCUACAAUUUUAAGUUAUUCACAUAACAGUACAAUACUAGCUUUGUCACAUAGUUUUGCUGUUGUAUUGUUUGUGUUUGUUUUGAGUAUGGCACUAAUCCUCAUUUGUAUCAACACCCGCAAUUCUUAUUGAUUAUUAAAGGGUGACCUUUUGUGACAUUUGUUAAAACAGUAGUGCAUGAUAAAUAUGAUGAUUGAAAAAGUCAGUUGUCUUUGGCCCCAUUUUGUGCCUGUAAUUUCACAUACAAGAAACCACUACGCCUGAGGAAAAUGAAAGCAGAGAAAAAGGGGUGAUUUGCGGGGUGUCAAUCAUUUGUUGCGCAAUCAGCGGGCACACUCACAUCCACGCAGCCUCGCAAAAAAUAAAACCUCAAAACAGAGAACAUUUAGUGUUGUAGUAACACUCCGUUACGAAUAAGGGGCUCUUCUGGAAUAACAAGGUGACGACAGGUCAGCACGAGGCUACAAGGGUGUACUCGCUGCGAGCAACAAAUGAUUGACACCUCGUAAGUCAUGCCUUCUGUCUCUGGUUGUUUUACCUUGAGCGUGAUCAUUUCUUGCACUGUAUAUCAAAUUAGAGGCAGAAGAUUGGGCCAGAGACAGCAGAUUUUUUUUCAUAGAUAUAUAUAAUGUAAAUGUACUACGAUGAAGUCAUAAUGACUGUUUUAACAAAUAGGACCAAAAAAAGUGUUGUUUUUAAAUGGCAAACCCCCCUUUAAAUUAUUUAAAAUAUGUUCAUAACAAUUUUAAGGUGUUCAAAAAUCUGCCAAAACCCAUAACACCAUACAGGCCAUCAUUUCUGACUGUCAUUGAUGUAUUUAUUUUUUAUUAUUAUUUUUUAAGAGGUUCCUAUCCUCCAAAUAUGACCACAAACCAAAUGUUUUCUCUUGGAAACAAAGUAAUUCGCGUGCCAAGAGCAGCCUGCUUCCAUUUCCCUUAAUCAAGCCGUUUUCAGUGUUUUCAGUGUCAUCUUGAGUAAGCACUCAGUUCCUUCAUGUAGUCAAGCCCACCCAGUUCAGGGUGUACCCUCACUAGGGUCGCGGGCGUGCUGGAGCCUAUCCCAGCUAUCAUCAGGCAGGAGGCGGGGUACACCCUGAACUGGUUGCCAGCCAAUCGCAGGGCACAUACAAACAAACGACCAUUCGCACUCACAUUCACACCUACGGGCAAUUUAGAGUCUUCAAUUCAUGCAUGUUUUUGGGAUGUGGGAGAAAACCCACGUAGGCACGGGGAGAACAUGCAAACUCCACACAGGCGGGACCGGGGAUUGAACCCUGGUCCUCAGAACUGUGAGGCUGACGCUCUCACCAGUCGUCCAUCGUGCCACCAUGUAGUCAAGCCACACCAGUAAAACUAUAUGCCUGUACUUCCAAAUUAUGUUGUACCCCCAUUGCGUUUGAAUAGCUCCAAUGUGGUUGUGCUAUAGACUGGCGUUAAAAGACUACAAUGUUAUCUUGAUGCAGUACUAUGGGGUGCCGUUUUGUAAAGCGCCUCACACUCCUACCCUAUUUACAACAAUAUUUGUCAACUUUAUAGUUAAAUACAAAUAUUAAAUGUUACACCUAAAUCUCAAAUCUAAAUGCUCAAUAUAUAUCUAAAUAUAAAUCUUAAAUAUAUAUAAAUCUAUAUAUAAUUGUUAAAUGAAUAUCUAAAUGUUAAUUCUUACAUUUAAAUAUAAACCUUAAAACUGUAUAACUGAUAUAUAUAUAUAUAUAUACACAUACAGUGGGUAUGGAAAGUAUUCAGACCCCCUUAAAAUGUUCGCUAUUUUCAUCUUUCCUUCGUUUGCAACCAGUCGUCCUGUCCCUGCAGCUGAAAAACAGCCCCACAGCAUGAUGUUGCCACCACCAUGUUUCACUGUUGGGAUUGUAUUGGACAGGUGAUGAGCAGUGCCUGGUUUUCUCCUGGCUUUCAUGUGUACUUGCUCUGAGGAGAGGCUUCCGUCGUGCCACUCUGCCAUGAAGCCCCGACUGGUGGAGGUCUGCAGUGAUGGUUGACUUUCUAGAACUUUCUCCCAUCUCUCGACUGCAUCUGUGGAGGUCACUCACAGUGAUCUUUGGGUUCUUCUUUACCUCUCUCACCAAGACUCUUCUCCCUCAAUUGCUCAGUUUGGCCGGACGGCCAGCUCUAGGAAGGGUCCUGAUCGUCCCAAACGUCUUCCAUUUCAGGAUUAUGGAGGCCACUGUGCUCUUAGAAACCUUAAGUGCAGCAGCAUCUGGCCAAGGUUUUUUGUAACCUUGGCCAGAUCUGUGCCUUGCCACAAUUCUGUCUCUGAGCUCUUCAGGCAGUUCCUUUGACCUCAUGAUUCUCAUUUGCUCUGACAUCCACUGUGAGCUGUAAUGUCUUAUAUAGACAUGUGUGUGGCUUUCCUAAUUAAGUCCAAUCAGCAUAAUCAAACACAGCUGGACUCCAGCGAAGGUAUAGAACCAUCUCAAGGAUGAUCAGAAGAAAUGGACAGCACCCGAGUUAAAUAUAAGAGUGUCACAGCAAAGGGUCUGAAUACUUAUGGCUGUUUGAUAUUUCAGUUUUUCUUUUUUAAUAAAUCAGCCCAAAAAAAAUUUCUGUCAAUAUGGGGUGCUGUCUGUACAUUAAUGAGGAAAAAAAUUAACUUAAAUGAUUUUAACAAAUGGCUGCAAUAUAAAAAAGUGAAAAAUUUAAGGGGGUCUGAAAACUUUUUGGGAUUUAACUAUAAAGAUGACAAAUAUUGUUCAAAUGUGCAGAAAAAUGACACGAAAAUUCACACAACUUUUAAAACAUGUUUUGAAGCUAAAUGUGACAAAAUGUUAUUUUUGGCGUGAGCAGAUUUACAAACGCCACCCCAUACAGUACUUUCAAAAUACACCAUGAGCGUUGUUGUUUUAGCAGUGCUACAAUGACCAUGGACUGUGAAAAUGUCACCCAGUAGAGCGGGAACCUCCACCAAGAACAGAUUGUUAACAAAAGUCAAAUACAUUGCAUGGAGCGUCCGAUUAGCGUUUGUUUGUGUGUUAGUAGACUACUUUCGAAUUCAUGGAGGAUGACGAUGCGAUGGAUCUUUAUCCAGAUAAAUACCAACAUUCAAACAGUUGCUCGGCAUAUGCUCGACCCAUCUAAAAAGCAUCAUGCAAAUUUUGUUUUGUGUAUUUUUGCCUGCGAUCUGCGUCUUUCAAAAUGACUGCUGUGAGUAUUAAGAACAAAGCUAGUAGUGGGUUGACUUUUGCACAGUAUUGUAUUUUAUGAAAUCAGAGGGGUUAAAGUAAGGCCCACAACCCAAUAAUGUUUUCAACAUGAAAAAUACUAACUUUUGAGUCAACAGUGCUGUCCAAUUCAGUUGCAUCAUCUAUCACCUGAUUCCCCCCCCAAUGUCCAGAUAAUCUCUUCCUGUUAACUUCUUUUCUUUGGUGAUGAUGGAUAGUCUGCCUAAUUGCAUGGUCUGGCACCAUAUCUUUAGAUGGAAAUGAAAAUCAGAUAAACACUAAUAUUAGACUUAUGAGCGGUUCUUCAUAGCAUUGAGGUGCAGCAGCAAUCAGUAGGGUUAAAUAUUGGGCACACAAACUAAGCUACGGUCAUAUCCAUUAUUAACCAGUGGUGAUUUUUCCCUGAGCAGGUUAUCUUUCUUCAGGCCGCUGACUAGUUGCGACUGAAUAAACAGCUCCUCUGCUGGUUGCAACCAAGUACUGCACUCCAUUUCACCCAAGUUACUGCCAGAGAUAAUCGAUAAAGAAUUCUUCACAAUUGACCAAACUCAGUGAAACUCAUGCCAAUGCCUAGUUGCAAAGCAAGUAAUUAAAUAUUGUUUUAUUCAUAUUAAUUUCAUUUGAUUUAGUGUAUUUCUGGGUGAAAAGACAGAGCCCAUCUAUCUGGCUUAUGGUAUGGAGAGACCAUUGAUUUAUAAAUCCCAACCAUCGUGCUCCAGACAUCUUAGCACUAAUACACUGUUAUUUAUCUUCAUUAUCCAUAUCACAGUCUUGUUAGAAUUCAGUCCACGUAUAUGUGCUGAUACAAUUUGGAAUUACUCUAGCGGGCGGCAAGAAAAAGACAGAACUGUGAGUGCUGGAUGAAAAGAAAAAGCUCUGAGACAUCGCUCUCACCACUCUAAAAAGGAUAAAUGAAGGUUGCUCUGUGACUUCAUGCGACACCAAAAAAGGCUUCAACAUUAAUAAGCAUCCAUUUUCUGCCGCUGUUUGAAGUCUGUCCGAGUUGGCUUGGACCGGAAGACGGACUAGACCCUGAACCGGUCACCAGUUAAUUACAAGCUGAUCACAAAUCCAGCAUUUGAGUGGGAAUUGAUCCUACGGAAGAUCUAUGGAAGACAGCUAUGUCAACCACAACCAAUGGCCGAUCACUGUCAAUAUGUGGAUGUAUAUGCAUAGAUUGAGAUCAAAGAAAGGAAAUAAUUAUUGACAAAGUAGAGCAAAUAAUUAUUGUUCUAUUGUGUGGAUGACAUUGGCUAUCAAGGGCAAUCCAGCAUCAGUAUUUAUUUGUUCUAUGUGAAUGUAAUUUUUAACCUCCUCAGUUCAAAACCACAACCUUGUUCAUGCAAAUAGGGACAGGCAUUUGACUAAAUGUCCUUGAUAAACAAUGGCGAAAAUUAACAUUCAAUGAAGAUAAAAUAAUCCUUUAAUUAUCCUCUGAAGGAAAAUUUGUGUUGCAGCAGCACACAGUAGAUUUUUUGUUUUGUUUUAAAUAAUAGAAUAAAACAAUGAAAACAACAAUCAAUAAAUGGAAUAAAUAUUGUUAACGUUUAUAUGUUGAUUUGUAUUUAUAAAAGCAGUUAAUCUCUCCCUGGAUGUUUUUAACUCCUGUUGUGACACCAGUGUAUUAAGCAGAAUAAUGCUUGCUGGAGGAGUUCGCAAUUGUGGAGAACCACAUGGAUGUAGUCUGACUUCCCUGAGCAGGUUAUCUUUCUUCAGGCCGCUGACUAGUUGCGGCUGAAUAAACAGCUCCUCUGCUGGUUGCAACCAAGUACUGCACUCCAUUUCACCCAAGUUACUUCCAGUGAUAAUCGAUAAAGAAUUCUUCACAAUCGACCAAACUCAUUGAAACUCAUGCCAAUGCCUAGUUGCAGAGCAAGUAAUUAAUUAUUGUUUUAUUCAUAUUAAUUUCAUUUGUCGAUAAAAUGUGCCUGCAAUAGGAAGACAAACACUGUUAAUACACAAUCAGUUGUAUUCAUUUUUGGGGAGCAUUAAGGGUUAUUUUGCAGACUGUAUAAAUUGAGGCAUUUGAAAAUCUUAAAAGUAUAAUAAGCUAAGAGCACGCUUGAUCGUAAAUGAACACAUGCUUGCACAGGUUCACCCUAGGUUUAGACAGGGAACACAAGUUACAUACAAGUUACAAAACAACCCUUGGUGCUCCACAUGCUGUUUCUAUAUAAAUAACUUUAAAUAUACUGUAUCUGUAUUUAGGAUGUGGAAAAAAAGUGUAUUAAUCAU